GAUAGCUUUUUCUUCUCCAAAUUUCCUUUCCUUCUCUUCCUUUUCCACAAAUUUUCCCCUUCAUUCCCUUCCCCACAAUUUUUCCAUUCCUUCCAAAGUCAGUGGCUUUCACCACCGUCGCUGCACCUCUGUCGCAUUGCCCGCCGCCGACGCUGACUCCAGCCGCAAGCUCCGCCCAGAUCUGACUCCGCUGCCGCUGCCGCCGCUGAUUCCAGCCUCGCUCGCGCCGCCGCACACUACUGCGCUGCAGGUUCCAACGCCAGCCAAAUCUUCAACCGUACGUUCUACUCUCGGUUGCUGGGAAUUUCAUAGCUGAAUAUGCAUCCUCCUCUAACUUUGCACAAGCACCCGAUGUGUGCUGAAAUUAUUGAGCAAUUUCAGAAGUGUCAUAUAGACCAUCCUGUUGGAAAAUUUUUUGGUGAAUGCACAGAUCUCAAAAUUAAGCUCGAUCGAUGUUUCAGACAGGAAAAAGCUUUGAAACGAAAGGCAAACUUUGAACAGAGUAAAAAAAUGAAGGAAAGGCUAGAUGCUUUAAGAAAGGAAAAUGCUUUGUGAAGUAGCUAGGGAGGAGGGUAUGGCUCCCAUGGAAAAUUUGCAAGUGGAAAUAUUUAACUUAUCAAAUGACCGAGAUUGAGAGGUCGUAAAUUCAUUACAGAGAUAAAGAAUUUGUUGCCAGUUUCAACGGUUGGAGAACUUGAAUGACUCCUCCAGAUUGUGGAAGCUAAGAGAUAGAAAUGAUAGUGUGAACACCAAACUUGUAGAUUGUGAAGUGAUGUUGAGCAAUACUGCAGUUUGGGUUCGGAAAUUUGAUAUUUACAAGGCUGGUUAGAUGGGAAUGUGGUUUUUGAAUGCUUGAAAACUGGUGAUAGACUCGUAAUAUUAAUCAUGUUUAGUUGACAUAAUUGAUGAUUUACGCAAUAAUUGUGAUGAGACAAUGAGAAAGAUUUCUCCCUUUUUCACAUA